AUGGCUUUAUCCAUAAAGCAACACAUGUUAUUCCAUGUUAUGUUGGUAACUGGUGCGUUGUGCUUGUUGCUCACUCCUUCUGUUGCCGAACUUCCCAGAUUCAAACACCCUGCUAAACCACAACAAUCUCUUCGUUUAUUGGUCGUGGGAGAUUGGGGAAGAAAAGGAACAAACAAUCAAUCUUUGGUUGCCAAUCAGAUGGGAAUUGUGGGGGAGAAAUUGAAUAUAGAUUUUGUGAUCUCCACUGGUGACAAUUUUUACGAAGAUGGGCUAAAAGGAGUUGAUGACCCGGCGUUCUUCGAAUCAUUUGUCGACAUAUACACUGCCCCUAGCUUGCAAAAGACGUGGUACAGCGUUCUCGGUAACCAUGACUAUAGAGGUGAUGUUGAGGCACAACUAAGUCCCGUUCUAAAACAAAAAGAUAGUAGAUGGCUUUGCCUGAGAUCUUUUGUUCUCGAUGGAGAAAUUGUGGAGUUUUUCUUUGUGGACACGACUCCAUUUGUAAACGAGUAUUUUGUAGACCCAGGAGAACAUACCUAUGACUGGGAAGGCGUGCUUCCUCGCAUGUCUUACCUUUCAGAACUCUUGAAGGAUGUUGAUUCAGCUUUGGCUCAAUCAAAGGCAAAAUGGAAGAUGGUGGUGGGUCACCAUACAAUCAAUAGUGCUGGGCAUCAUGGUAACACUGAAGAGCUCAAACAGAUACUUGUUCCCAUCUUGAAGGCACACAAUGUUGAUGCAUACAUUAAUGGACACGAUCACUGCCUGGAGCACAUAAUUGACAAAAAUAGUGGAAUUCACUUUCUAACAAGUGGCGGUGGAUCAAAGGCGUGGUCAAGCGAUGUCAGGCCGUGGAGCUUGGAAGAACUGAAGUUGUACUAUGAUGGACAAGGUUUCAUGUCUAUGCAAAUCACCGAAAGCAAUGCAGAUAUCAAAUUUUAUGACGUUUCUGGCAAAACUUUGCAUACAUGGAGCAUAUCCAAAGACCGUAACGUUCCAGCCUGGAUAUAA